AUGUUUGUUGACGACGAUGCCACCAAAACUCUUUUUGCUUCCCAGUCAAAAUCCUGCAUUUGCCAUUUGGAAUGUCAGCUACAAAAUCUUCAACAAGGUUCGUUGACUUGUGCUUCGUAUCUGUCUGAAGCCAAGUUCUUGGCUGAUCAAUUAUUUGCGGUUGGAAAACCAGUCGAUGAUGAUGAUCUUAUAUCCUUUAUUAUUGGGGGUCUUAAUCCUACUUUUACACAAUUCAUCACCUCUUACUCCUUCCACACUCGGGAGACUUCUAUGUCCUUUUUUGAUUUCAGGUCUGAAUUGAUGAAUAAUGAAACUAUUCUAAACUGCUGUGCUCCACUCAAUCCUGCGCCAGAGAUGUCCUCCUUUGCUUUAUUCACCAAUCGGCCAAAGUUUCAGCCUGUGAAGCGUAAACUACAAUUUUCUGUGUCUUCAGGCACCAACGCUACAAAGCCAAACUUCUCCAUCAAACCUUCGUCCCCCAUAUCUACCAAGGACGUUUGCUCUAUUUCCACUUCCAACUUUGGUGGCCGUUCACCUUGCCAGAUUUGCAAGGGUAACAAUUUAGGCAUUGCACUAUUUUCAGCAAAUGGAUUUUCAUUUCAAGGAGGUCAUCCUCCUACAGAACUGGCAGCCAUGGUUGCUGAUAUUAAUGUAGAAUUUCUGAAUGGUCAAUGGCUUGCGGAUAGCAGUGCUAAUGCUCACAUAACUAAUAAUGCUAAGAGUCUUGAUUCCAAAUGCUCGUUUGAUGGUAAUGAGACUGUCAGUGUAGGUAAUGGUGCAGGAAAAUCAAAUGGGACUCACGCUCCUUCAUGGUCCAAGUGA